AUGACCCACUGCCGACCGGUUUGGGCUUGCACCAUCAAAGUUUCGGUCGCGGCAAUGUCAGGAGACCCUGCACCUCAUCUCACCCUCUCUUUCACCCCGAGAAUGCCUCUCUCUCACUUCCCGGGAAGACUAGUUCACACAUCUAAUGCAACGUACUAUAGUGACUUGUUUUGCCUGCCCAUAACGCCUAAGAACCAGAGCUGCCCCAUGCCAGCCAGGUUAAGUGCUCCGCAGAGGUGUCCGCAUCUGGACAUUUUCUGGACCAGGGCCGCCAGUGGCAGGGAGCUGCUCCGCGAAAUGCGCCCAGCAGGUGGUGGUACCACAACGUGA